AUGUGUAAAGGUGGAUGGUGCGCGUUUACUAUAACUACUAAUCAACGUGCAUUAAAAACUGUUUCUCGUGUGAAAGUGUGUUCGAGCCCAAAUACAGCUGGAAAUGCAAGUUUCAAAGUGUCUCGGAAUCGUUUGAUUAAGGCUCCGUCGGCGCUGUCAGUUGUUUGGGGCGCAGCGCGUUCUGACGGUGACAAGGGGCCUGGGAAUGGGGCGGGUGAGGGAGGAAGGGGGGUAGGAGAGGCGGCGACGGGCGGGGUUCGCCGACCUGCCGUUGAAGAGCGCUGCGGUCUCGAGAGCAGAGAUUCUCCCAUGGGUGCGUUCUCGAAAGAGGCGGUGGCGGGACUGUGCGCGAUUCGCGUCGAUGUGACUUUGCGCUUCGUGCCCCGGAUUCUCGCUGCCCGAAGGGUAAAGUGGGGCGGCGCGGCGCGCGGGCGCGGGUCAGCGGACCGCGGGCGAGCGGAUCUGGCUGCCCAGUGUAAAGCGUCGCGGCGCCGCACUAAUGCGUCUCUGAAUCCGCGCCAAUUACCGUUAUACAUACACUUUGCUGCCGCGGCGCGCCCGCGCCGCCGCUCCCCGCCUCAGCCCCCGCAGCCUCGUGGCCCCGCCCCGCCAACUCACACAGGAAGAGCUGUGGCCGCCGCGUGGGCGUUCGCAGCCGAGCAGCGAAGAGAUUUCCACGCCUCCAUUGAUUUGCAACCCGUUCUAGAUAGUCCUUACCAUACGUCCGCCAUGUUGGCUGCCCCUACUUUAACGGACUCUUGCAGUCCCAAACUAUUGGCGAGCGCGCCAAGUGAGCAUCCAGGCGUACAGUGCGUGGUGGGGGAAGAAGUCCAGUUCGGGGCUCAGUCCAUCCAGCGUCGGAAAUAUCUGCGGAAGAAGCGUCGGCGCGCCGGACUUUUGAUGGAUAAGUUGUGUUCGGCCUUGGCCUUCUUCCCCAGUUUCUCCGCGGGCAUCAUGUCCGCCUCCACGAGCCACAGGAGCGGCGGCGGCGGGGGCGCCAGGAUGAUCAGAUGGGGCUGUUCCUGCGGGGCUAAAGUAUAA